GACUCGGGGCAGCUGGGCUGUCGAUGAGUGAAGAGCGGGGAGCCGCCAGUCGCCCCCCUGCGCUGCCGCCUGUUCGGCACCGGUUAAAUCCGGGUUCAGCAGCACCCUCCCUCGCUCUCCCCGCCCCCUUUGCAGUUCCUAAGCCGGUAAUGGGAAGGUUACUUGGCUGCAGCGAGAGUGCGGACUGAUGUUGGCAGAAGUUGUUUGCAGAGGUACCGAAGCGUGCGGCGUGUUUCCCUGAGCCGGGGCAACUCGGUGAAGUCGGCAGCUCCAGCCUCCUCUCGCAUCGCGCUCGCUGCCGGCGGUGGCUGUCAGGAAGCUUUACCCCGAGUUGGAGGAAGACAACUCUUCGCGAGCAGGAAUACGCAUCGAGCUGCGGCUUUUCACAACACAACAACAAAAAAAGAAUUUUCUUCUUAUCGCCCCUCCUCCCCUGCCCCAAGGAAACCUGAGAUUCACUUUCAACUGAAAAGCUGCCUAAAUGCAGUUUGUAACAAGUGGCUGCAAAUUCCAUCUGGUGACACAAGUUAACCACUGAAAUUUGAGUCCAAUGGGAAAUGGAUGUCACUGAUGAGGGCCGACAUUUACUGCCCAUCCAUAAUUGCUGUUGAGAUCAUGGUGAUGAGCCUACUUCAUGAACUGGUGCUGCUUGUCUGAUGAAAAUUGGUCAUACAACUGUGUGGCUUGUUGAAACGUUUUGGAGAACUCACAGGGAUCAUUUGUGAGGGUCCAGAGUUACCCAUAGAUCAAACUGGAAUGCAAGAAUGAUGGGAUGGAUGUAAUGAUGGACUGCAGGGCAGACUUGCCACUCUCCUUCCUCUGUCUCGUCCUUCUGCUGUUCCAGCUGUUUGACCCCAGUUGUCAGAGUCGCCAGUUUCAAGAACCAGCGUUGUCUGCAACGUUCCAGUUUACACAUUCCCUGUACAAUGCUACAAUUUACGAGAACUCUGCUGCAAGAACCUAUGCCAACAGUCAAGUUAAAAUGGGAAUAAGUGUGUCUGAUCCAUCAUGGGACGUUAAAUACAGGAUUAUUUCUGGAGAUGAAGACAGCUUUUUCAAAGCUGAAGAAUUUUUACUUGGCGAUUUCUGUUUCCUCAGGAUAAGGACUAAGGGGGGCAACUCUGCCAUAUUAAACAGGGAAGUUCAAAAUCACUAUUUGCUCAUCGUGAAAGGCACUAUCAGAGGGGAAGCCUUGGAAGCAUGGACAAAAGUGAAUGUUCAAGUCUUGGAUAUGAAUGAUUUGCGUCCUUUAUUUUCUCCAACAACAUAUUCUGUAACUAUUCCAGAAAAUACACCUCUGAGAACCAGUAUUGCACAAGUGACGGCAACAGAUGCAGAUAUUGGAUCAAAUGGAGAAUUUUAUUAUUAUUUUAAAGACAGAGUUGACACCUUUGCUGUUCACCCAACCAGCGGAGUGGUUUCUCUGAGUGGCAGAUUGAAUUACGACGAGACCAACCAAUAUGACUUGGAAGUUUUAGCAGUGGAUCGUGGAAUGAAGCUUUAUGGGAACAAUGGAGUAAGCAGUACCGCAAAACUAGUCAUUCGCAUUGAUAGAAUCAAUGAACAUGCACCAUCUCUAAGUGUGGUGACUCACAUUCCUUCCUUGAUGGAUAAUGAUCCUACCUAUGCAGUUGUUACUGCUGAUGACCUAGAUGAUGGAAUCAAUGGGGAAAUUGAAUCAAUAUCCAUCGUAGCAGGUGAUCCUUUAGAACACUUCCAACUCGUUAGAACUGGAUCAACAGGGACACAGUAUCGAAUAAAGGAAGCAAAACGAAUACCCUGGGGAGAUUUUCCAUAUGGUUAUAAUCUCACCCUACAAGCAAAAGAUAAAGGACUCCCUCAGAAAUUCUCUGCAGUGAAAAUAGUGCAUAUUAGAAAUCUGGUGGAAGAUGAACACCAAGUGACAUUUGAAGAAGAUCUCUAUGAAGUGGAGCUGAAUGAAUUUGCCCCUCCUGGAGCUGUGGUGGUUGUUGUUAAGCUGAAGCCAGAGCCACCAAAUGUUGAAUAUAAACUUAGUGUAACUGAAGACGCUCAUCAUUUCCACGUUAAUCCUCGGACUGGUCUCAUAACCACAGCACAGCACAUAAGCACCCUCGAAAGAGAACAUUUUGUGUUAGAAGUGGAGAGCAAUGCCAAUGAGAGCAAAGUGCGUGUUAUUGUAAAGAUCGAGGAUGCCAAUGAUCACACCCCGCAAUUUCAGCAGCAAUCAUAUGAGGCAUUUGUCAAUGAGAGCGCGCCCAUUGGCAGCAGUGUGCUUGUUGUUUCUGCCAUGGAUAAUGAUCAAGGAGAAAAUGGAUACGUAACGUACAGCAUUGGCAAUCUGAAUCCAUUACCUUUCACAAUAAACCAGUUCACUGGUAUCAUUAGCACAAUCAAACAAUUAGAUUUUGAGUCUUCAGCUCAUAGUUACAAGUUUGUGGUUCGUGCCUCAGAUUGGGGAUCACCUUAUCGACGUGAGAGUGAGGUAAAUGUGACUGUAUUUGUGCAAAACAUUAAUGACAAUAAACCCCUCUUUGAGAAAGUGGACUGCCGAGGAGUGAUUUCCCAUGAGUUCCCUGUUGGUGAACAAAUAACUGCAGUUUCAGCAAUUGACGUUGAUGAGCUGGAAUUGGUAAAAUACAUAAUCAUUUCUGGGAAUGAACUUGGAUUCUUUGACUUAAAUCCUGAUUCUGGCGUGCUCUUCUUAACAAAACCAUUGGAUAAUGCAAAUCUAAAAGAAGGGUUUUUUUCACUUCAGAUAACGGCUUCGGAUGGAGAGAACUUUGCUGAUCCAAUGUUCCUCAACAUUUCCUUGGUGCAUGGUAAAUUUGCUACAAAGGACUACAUCUGCAGGGAAACAGGAGCAGCUCAGAAAUUAACUGAGAAAUUACUCAAAAGGGCUAAAAUAAACAAGUCAACCAUGGAAGACGUAUUCCUCGACCUUUAUUCAAUUAAUAGGCAGUCCCCACAGUUCGAUAAAUCCUUUCCUUCAGAAAUAAAUGUUAAGGAAGAUCUUCCUGUUGGCAGUACGAUUGUUAAGAUCAUAGCUUCAGAUGCAGACAGUAGCUUCAAUGGAAAAGUUGUAUACACCAUUUCUGAUGGCAAUGUUGAUAGUUGUUUUAAUAUUGAAAUGGAAACUGGAUGGCUGACAGUUCUGAUGCCUUUAGAUCGGGAAUUAAGUAAUAAAUACAUUCUGAACAUCACUAUCUAUGACUUGGGUUCUCCUCCAAAGUGUGCUUGGAGACUCAUGACUGUCCAUGUCCAGGAUGCUAAUGACAACAAGCCUCAAUUUUUACAAGAGUAUUAUUCCAUUACCAUUCCAGAAGAUACACUAAUUGGUACAGAAGUAGUUCAGAUUGAGGCCACAGAUAAAGACCUGGGUCGUAAUAGUGAAAUAAUCUACACACUGUUAACAAGCACUCACCAGUUUGGUAUUAAUGCCUCAACUGGUAUUGUUUAUGUGACUGGGUUGCUUGACCGGGAAUUAAUUCCAAAUUGUACAUUGAAAAUAGAAGCCCGUGAUCAGGCUGAAAGUGGUCAUCAACUUUACUCUGUGGUGGCACUGGAGAUUACUUUUGGUGAUAUCAAUGACAAUGCUCCUCGUUUUGUUCCUUCAAGUUACUUUGUUAAGGUCCUUGAAGAUAUGCCUGUCAGUGCUGUGGUAAUGUGGUUGGAAGCUCAUGAUCCUGAUCUUGGCUUAGGUGGCCAGCUGCGUUAUUCUUUGGGAAAUGAUUACAAUGGGAAGUUUGAAAUUGACAGAGCCAGUGGAGCAGUGCGUCUGGCAAAAGAGCUUGAUUUUGAGAAACAGCAAUUCUACAACCUUACAAUUCGUGUUAAAGAUAAAGGCCGGCCGACAUCCUUAUCUUCAACGUCAUUUGUAGAGAUUGAGGUAGUUGAUGUGAAUGAAAAUCUUUAUGCGCCACGAUUUUCAGAGUUUGCCAAGAAGGCAUCUGUGAAGGAAAAUGCACCAAUUGGAACAAAAGUUGUGCAGGUGAUGGCCAAAGAUAAUGAUGAAGGAAGGGACGGAGAGGUACAAUACUCAAUCCGGGAUGGCAGUGGUCUUGGACGUUUCACUGUCAAUGAAGAUACAGGUUUAAUUAUUACGGCCGAUGUACUUGAUCGUGAAACAACUGCUUCCUACUGGCUUACUAUGUAUGCCACAGACCGUGGAGUAGUUCCAUUAUUUUCAUCUAUUGAAAUCUAUAUUGAAGUUGAAGAUGAAAAUGACAAUGCACCCAUAUCUUCUCAACCUAUUUACCACCCGUCAGUCAUGGAAAACUCUCCCAAGGACGUUCCCAUUGUUCAGAUCCAGGCCUAUGAUCCAGAUUCCAGUUCUAGUGAUAAAAUGACAUUUAAAAUUACCAGUGGGAACCCACAGAAUUUCUUCACCAUUAACUCUAAGACCGGUUUGAUCAUGACCACAACAAGGAAACUGGACCGUGAGCAGCAAGCUGAGCAUGUCCUUGAGGUGACAGUGACUGAUGGAAGCUCUUCUCCAAAACACUCGACUGUGUGGGUCAUGGUACACGUGUUGGAUGAGAAUGAUAAUAAACCCCUAUUUCCUCAGAAAGUCUAUCAAAUCAAACUUCCAGAACGGGACCGCAAGAAACGCAGUGAGCCAAUUUACAGAACUUUUGCAUUCGAUAAGGAUAAAGGCCCCAAUGCUGAAAUUUCCUACAGCCUCGUGGAUGGAAAUGAUGAUGGAAAGUUUUUUAUUGAUCCCAAAACUGGCAUGGUUUCCUCUAGGAAACAGUUUUCAGCUGGAAACUACGACAUCUUAACAAUUAAAGCAGUGGACAAUGGGAGACCACAGAAAUCUUCCACUGCACGCUUGCACAUCGAGUGGAUAAAGAAACCUGAACCAUCCUCCAUUCCCCUCAGUUUUGAUGAACCAGUUUACAAUUUCACAGUGAUGGAAAAUGACAGAGUGAAUGAUAUAGUGGGGGUGGUCACUGUUCAGCCAAGUAAUAUUCUGCUUUGGUUUGAUAUUGUCGGUGGGAAGCAAGCUCGAGAGAUGUUCUAUGUUUAUCAGACAGCUUGUGGCCAGAACUGUUCCAGAGAAGGUGGAAAUUAUGACAGUACAUUUGAAAUAGAGAAGGGUGUUGGCACUAUUGUAAUCGCCAAGCCACUGGAUACAGAGCACAGAGCAACUUAUAAUAUGACUGUGGAAGUCACAGAUGGAACUAACUCAGCUGUUACACAGGUGUUUAUAAGAAUACUUGACAACAAUGAUAAUGGUCCAGUGUUCUCUCAGCCAAGCUAUGAUGUGACCAUUUCGGAGGAUGUUGCCGUGGAUACUGAAAUUCUUCAUAUUAAAGCCACUGACAAGGAUGAGAAAAACAAGUUGACCUACUCAGUUCACAGCAGUAUAGAUCCUAUAAGCAUGCGUAAAUUUCAGCUUGACCAGAGCUCAGGCAGGCUGAGCAUAGCUGAAAAGCUGGAUCACGAGGCUCAGGCUCAGCAUAGUUUGACUGUAAUGGUCCGAGAUCAAGAAUUUCCUUACCGGCGUAACUUGGCACGAGUUAUAGUAAAUGUAGCCGAUGCCAAUGACCACACUCCAUACUUCACUAGUGCUGUGUAUGAAGGUUCAGUUUUCGAAUCCGCUGCUCUUGGUUCUGCAGUUCUGCAGGUUACAGCCCUGGACAAAGAUAAAGGUCAAAAUGCAGAACUAUUGUACAGUAUUGAAGCAGGCAACAAUGAGAAUACCUUUAAGAUUGAACCAGUUUUGGGGAUUAUCAGUGUUUCAAAAGAACUUGAUCUCACCCACCUUGGCCACUAUGUUCUGAAUGUUAAAGCAAUUGAUCAGGGAGUACCACCCCUUUUUACAACUGCAAUUGUACGUAUCACUGUGAGUUUCUCAGACAAUGCUCAACCCCAGUUCCAUCAGAAAGAAUACAUGGUUGAAGUAAAUGAAAAUGCCAGUGUUGGUACCUCAGUGAUUACGAUCACAGCAGUGAGUCAAUCAACAGUAGUUUACGAAAUAAAAACUGGAAAUUUGGAGAGCAAUUUCGCAAUAAACCCUUAUUCAGGUGUCAUUAGUGUUCAGAAAGAGCUUGAUUAUGAACAUGUUCCUUCAUAUCAGCUGAUUGUGCAAGCAACCAACAUGGCAGGAAUGUCCUCAAAUGUAACAGCCAGCAUUCAUGUUGUCGAUCAAAACGACAAUCCUCCAAUCUUCCUUCAUUCGCAAUACUCAGGUAGCAUUAGUGAGGCUGCUCCUCCCAAAAGUCCUGUUUUAAUUUCAGUGAACAAUCCUCUUGUUAUAAAGGCUACUGAUGCUGAUUGCAAUCAGAAUGCAUUGCUUGUCUAUCAGAUUGUUGAAUCCACAGCAAAAACAUACUUUUCAGUUGAUUCCAGCACAGGGGCAAUCAGAACCAUUGCAAACCUUGACCAUGAAACAAUUCCGAUUUUCCAUUUCCAAGUGCAUGUCAGAGACAGUGGAAGUCCGCAGCUCACCGCUGACUCUCCAGUUGAUGUUACCAUUCAUGUGACCGAUGUCAAUGACUCUCCCCCGGAGUUUAGCCAGGACGUUUAUGAAUCUGUUCUCCUCCUGCCAACCUAUAGUGGUGUUGAGGUUCUCAUGGUGUCAGCUACAGACCCUGACUUUGAAGUAAUAUCAGAAUUAACUUAUACACUGUUGGACGGUAAUGCAGAAAUUUGUUUUUCAAUUGACCCAAGAAGUGGAAUAAUCACUGUAAGGAAUCAAACGCUUACUGAAGAAGUCUAUCACCUUACUGUUCGUGUGUCUGACGGAAAAUUCAGCAGCACAGCAUUGGUAAAGAUAAAAGUGAAAUAUGCUAUUGACAGUGGUCUUCGGUUCACUCAAAGUUUCUAUUCAGCUUCUAUCUUGGAGAACAGCACAGAGACAAAGAAAGUAGCUGUGGUAAAUGCUGUGGGGAACCGACUUAAUGAGCCAUUGAAAUACAGAAUAUUGAAUCCUGGUGACAAGUUUACAAUUAAAUCUACUUCUGGGAUUGUGCAAACAAUGCCCGUGUCAUUUGACAGGGAAGAUCAAGAGUUGUACGAAUUAGUGGUGGAAGCAAGUCGUGAGGAUGAUCCCUGGUGUGUUGCACGAGUAGUCAUUAGAGUUCAGGUUGAAGAUAUUAAUGAUAAUCCACCAGUAUUUGUUGGUCUUCCUUAUUAUGCUGCAGUUCAAGUUGAUGCAGAGCCAGGAGCACGUAUAUAUCAUGUCAGUGCCGUGGAUUGUGACAAGGGCAAAAAUGGAGAGGUAACUUACUUCCUCAGAGAAGAAUAUGGUCAUUUUGAGAUUGACAGGUAUACUGGUGUUGUUAUAUUAAAGGAACCUUUUGAAUCCGAUUUAUCCAAUGUUGAAUACAACAUCAUGGUCAUUGCAACAGAUGGUGGUUCUCCUCCUCUCUCCACACAAGUAGAACUGUCCAUUACCGUGGUUAAUAAAGCAAUGCCUGUCUUUGCAAAGCCAUUUUAUGUAAGAACAGUAAAAGAAGACUUACAGCUACACACCCCUAUCCUCAGUGUCAAUGCAACUAGUCCUGAAGGUCAGAGCCUCAUAUAUACAAUUACUGAUGGAAAUCCUCUAAACCAGUUUAAUAUAAAUUUUUACACAGGAGUGAUUAGUGUCAUUCGUCCUCUUGAUUAUGAAACUAAGUCCAGCUAUAAAAUGACUGUUAAAGCAACAGAUUCUCUCACAGGCGCUCGAGCAGAAGUGACCGUGGAUAUAUCAGUAGAAGAUGUUAACGAUAACCCUCCAAUUUUUGAAAGAGCUGUAUAUGAAGCAACCCUUUCUGAAUCCUCAAUGGUUGGAACAUCUGUGCUGCAGGUUAUUGCUGCAGAUGUAGAUUCUGAAAACAGCAGGCCAGUACGCUACCAGAUCGUUCAAGACAAUUUAAACAGUACGGAUUACUUUCAUAUAGACAGCACAAGUGGGCUGAUUCUAACAUCUCGCAUGUUGGACUAUGAACUAAUUCAAGAAUAUAAUUUUAUAGCAAGAGCAACAGACAAUGGUAUCCCACCCAUGAGCAGUGACGUUUCUGUAACAGUUUACGUAACUGAUAUGAAUGACAACCCUCCAGUUUUCAACCAGCUUCUCUACGAGUCCUAUGUGAAUGAACUUGCCCCACGUGGUCAUUUUGUAACUUGUGUGCAGGCAUCUGAUGCCGACAGCUCUGACGCUGAUAGGUUAGAGUACAGCAUUCUGUCUGGCAAUGACCACAUGAAUUUUGUCAUGAACAACAAGAGAGGUAUCAUUACGCUCUCCAAUCAUCGGAAGCAAAGAAUGGAUCCUGUGUAUAACUUGAACGUCUCUGUGUCUGACGGCAUUUUUACCAGCACUGCUCAAGUGCACAUCAGGGUGCUUGGUGCCAAUUUAUACAGUCCAGUCUUUUCAAGCAAUCUUUAUGUGGUGGAAAUGAGAGAAAACUCUGCCAUUGGGAGUAAGGUCGCACAGGCAGUUGCCACUGAUGGUGAUUCUGGAGACUAUGGAGAUAUUAACUAUCGUAUAGUGAAUGACUUUGCGAAAGAUCGUUUCUCUAUUGAUUCUUCAGGGAUGAUUAUUAUAACAGAAAAGCUAAACAGAGAACUUCCUUUGGAGAGUAACAUGGAUAUCAUGGUAAUGGCUGUUGAUGGUGGUGGAAGAUCUGCCUUCUGCACAGUGAGGGUCAUACUGGUGGAUGACAAUGACAAUGCUCCUCAAUUCAUGGCCCUAGAAUACAGAACAAGUGUCAAGGCUGAUGUGGCUAAAGGGUCGUUAAUCACCCAAGUUGAGGCUUUUGAUCCAGAUGAAGGAGCAAAUGCUAAAAUCUUAUAUUCAUUAUACAGUGAAGAUUCGGACUACGUAACGAAUGCAAUAGACAUUGACCAGGAAACUGGCUGGAUUGUCACUAAGGGAAGUUUUGACCAUUUGAAGAAUACAAUACUCUCAUUUUUUGUCAAAGCCUCAGAUGGAGGUGUCCCUGCGAGGAAUGUUCUGGUUCCUGUAUACUUCCAUGUGCUUCCUCCUGAAACAACCCUCCCAGCCUUUCUGCAGCAUCAGUAUUCAUUCCUGCUGCCAGAAGAUGUCCCCAUAGGAAGCACAGUUGGCACAAUCCAGGUUUUGCCCCGUCAGACUGUUCUGUUCAAUACAAUUAACGGUGGAUUAUCAAAAAACAACCAAGAUGCAGUAUUUGUUAUAGAUUCACAUACUGGGGUGUUAAAAUUGGACAAGAAACUUGAUUACGAAAUAAAUCCAUUCUACGAGUUUUUGGUUACAGUCACUGUUCAUAAUGGAAGAACUGACAUCAUUUUGACAACAAUUGUCACAAUUGAAAUUGGGGAUUUGAAUGACAACAAGCCUGUUUUUCAGACUAAUCCCUAUGAGGCUAUUAUAAUGGAAGGAAUGCCUAUAGGAACCAAAGUGAUCCAAGUCCAAGCAGUUGAUGAAGAUUCGGGAACCAAUGGACAAGUUACAUACGGUAUUUUGCCAGCUACUCAACUGGAUCUCGAAGACAUUAUGAAUGUAUUUGCUAUCGACCCCAACAGUGGCUGGAUUAGGACACUUAAAGAUCUUGACCAUGAAAAGCAACCAGCCUACACUUUCACUGUGGUAGCUUUGGACCAUGGUGAGAAUGUACCUUUGUCCUCAACAGCAAUAGUUCAACUAACUGUCACAGAUAUAAAUGACAAUUCUCCAAAUUUUCUGAAUGAGAUAUACCGAGGAUCAGUGAGAGAGAGUGAUUCACCUGGUGAGGUUGUGGCAGUCCUCAGUACAAGAGAUGAUGACACAUCUGAAAUCAACCGUCAAGUUAGCUAUCAUAUUACAGGAGGAAAUCCUAAGGGGAAGUUUGCUCUUGGUUUGGUUCAGAAUGAGUGGAAGGUCUAUGUGAAAAGGCCAUUAGAUCGUGAGGAACAGGAUAUUUACUGGCUGAAUAUUACAGCCACUGAUGGACUCUUUGUAUCAAGAGCAGUGGUAGAAGUCAGAAUAUUGGACACCAAUGAUAACGACCCAGUGUGUAACCAGGUCACCUACACAGAGAAUAUAGUGGAAGAUAUUCCACCAAAUAACGUUAUUCUAAGGAUCGGUGCUCAUGAUGCUGACAUUGGUUCUAAUGCAGAAAUAAGGUAUUCUUUGCAUGGAGCUGGAUCAGAUAAAUUUUUCCUUGAACCAGAAAGUGGUGAACUCAAAACAUUAUCAGCUUUAGACCGUGAGGAAACUCAAGUAUAUAAUUUGAUUGCCAGAGCAUCAGACGGAGGUGGGCGUUACUGCCAGUCAGGAGUAGUUCUGACUUUGGAGGAUGUGAAUGACAAUCCACCUGUAUUUUCUUCAGAUCAUUAUACUGAAUCUGUAUACGAGAACACAGUAAUUAAAGUUCUGCUGACAAAGGUCGAAGCAACAGAUCCAGAUAUAGGUCCAAACAGGAAUGUGGAAUACACUCUUGUUGACUCUGCUGAUGGAUUUUUUUCAAUUGAUAAAUAUUCUGGAAUCAUUAGCCUGGAAAAGGCACUGGAUAGGGAACAGCAGGCAUUGUACAACCUCACUGUCAGAGCCACAGACCAGGGAGAGACAUGGAAACUCUCAACUUUUGCCACAGUCACGAUAAUUGUAUUGGACAUCAAUGACAAUCCACCGGUUUUUGGAAGACGAGAUUAUCUCACCACAGUACCUGAAGAUGUACCACGGGGUACUGAAGUUCUGACCGUCUAUGCAGCCAGCAAAGACAUUGGUGCAAAUGCAGAAAUUACUUACAGUAUUAGAUCUGGUAAUGAACAUGGUAAAUUCAGAAUUGAUCCUCAGGAAGGAAUUAUUUCUGUAAUUGAACCUCUUGAUUAUGAAACUUGUAAGAAUUACUACCUCACAGUUGAAGCCAGAGAUGGAGGCUCUCCUUCGCUGAGCACAGUAACUACCGUCAAUGUCAAUGUAACAGAUGUAAACGAUAACCCACCAGAAUUUAGCAGGGAUAUAUACAAUUCAGUUAUCAGUGAAGAUGCACCCAUUGGAGAUUCUGUUGCUUUGGUGCUGGCAGAAGAUUGGGACAGCCAAGCUAAUGCACAGAUUCAUUUCUCCAUUGUGAAUGGAGAUCUGGGUAAAUACUUCAGCAUCAAUCCGGUCACAGGCUUAAUCAAAAUCAAAGAACAACUUGAUAGAGAAAAAGUGUCUGGCUAUUCACUAAUUGUGCAAGCUGAAGACAGUGGAAUGCCACCCAUGUCAUCUACAGUUACUGUGAAUAUUGAUGUCUCGGAUAUUAAUGAUAACCCCCCUGAAUUUAUCCCUGCAAACUAUUCAGCUGUCAUUCAGGAAAAUAAACCUGUGGGGACCAGUAUUCUGAAACUUUCUGUGACAGACAAGGAUUCUACACACAAUGGCCCUCCGUUCACACUUAGUAUUCUUGCUGGGAAUGAUGGGAAGGAAUUUGUUUUAGACCAGGAAGGAGUUCUGAGAUCAGCAACUGUUUUUAAUCAGAAGGAUACCACAGAAUACCAUCUACAUGUGAAGGCUCAAGAUUCUGGCAAACCACCAUUGACUUCAUCCACCUAUGUACUUGUUCGAGUGAUUGAAGAAAGCAUUCACAAACCAACUGCUAUUCCACUUGAGAUUUUUAUUUCUACAAUGGAGGACGAAUUCUCAGGAGGCGUGAUUGGAAAAAUCCAUGCCACCGAUCAAGAUAUGUAUGAUGUUCUUAGCUACAGUUUCAGGUCAGAUCAAAGAAGUCUGUUCAAUAUAAAUAACCAAGAUGGGAAGAUUAUUGCACUUGGGGGACUGGAUAGUGGCAAGUAUAUUUUAAAUGUGUCUGUCAGUGAUGGGCGCUUCACUGUCCCUGUUGAUGUGGUGGUUCAUGUUGAGCAGGUGACUGAAGAAAUGCUGAACAAUGCCAUCACUAUUCAGUUUGAAAACAUCUCUCCUGAAGAUUUUAUUGAACUUCAUCUCCAUGGAUUUAGGCGGAGCCUUCGGAACAUAUUUGCAGCCCAAAAGCAAGACACUAUUCAUAUUAUUAGUAUUCAGCCAGUCUCAGGCACACAGAAGCUUGAGAUUUUAUUGGCAGUACAGAUAUACAGAAGUGGAUUCUAUAAAACUGCUUAUUUAAUUCAAAAGCUCACCAACGCAAAGAGGGAAUUUGAGAAUGGCCUUCUCAUUUCCUCUAUCAUGGACAAGAGUUGCCCUGCAGAAGAUUGCCAAGAGCGCAACUGUGAGCCAAUAGUUUCUGCAGAACCACAGUCCACUAUGGCCUACAGUACUGCACGGAUCAGCUUUGUUUCCCCUCGUUACUAUAAAAGUCUAACAUGUGCUUGCAAUGGUAAACUCUGCCCUGUGGUUUCUGAUGUUUGCCAAGAUAAGCCUUGCCCAAGUGACAUGCACUGCGUUGGAGGCAAUGAAGGCCGUGGACCAUAUGUCUGUCAGUGUCCACCUGGGAACCUGGGAGAAUGUUCAGGUCAUGCGUCCCUGAGUUUUGCUGGAAACAGCUAUAUUAAAUAUCGGGUGGCUGAAAACAGCAAAAGACAUGAACUGAAAUUAGGAUUGCAUUUGAGAACACUGCAGAGUAAUGGAGUCAUUAUGUAUGCUGAAGGGGAAUACUGUGUCAUUUUGAAGAUUGUGGAUGGAAAGCUCUGGUUCCAGUUGGACUGCGGCAAUGGGCCUGGCAUUAUAGGCAUUUCCGGCAGAGCAGUUAAUGAUGGGAAUUGGCACACUGUCUUUUUGGAUCUCAACAAGAAUUUCACGAGCCUUGCACUGGAUGACAGCUAUGUAGAGCGCCGGAGAGCUCCUUUCCACUUUCACUUCCUCAGUAUCGACAGCUCCAUCUACUUUGGUGCCCAGGUGCCAGCUGCUCGUAGCUUGUCAAGCCAGAAAAAGACACAAGUUUUGGGUGGAUUUCAGGGAUGCCUAGACUCGGUUGUCCUUAAUGACAAUGAGUUGCCACUGCAAAACAAACGCAGCCACUUUGCUGAAGUGGCAGAACUGACAGAAUUGAAGCUCGGCUGUGUCUUGUAUCCUGACACCUGUGCCAGAGGGCCAUGCCAGAAUGGAGGGAGUUGUGUUAGCCUACCAUCUGGUGGUUAUCAGUGCAACUGCCUAUCACAGUUUACAGGGAAUCGAUGUGAAACGGAAGUCACGGCUUGUUACCCAAACCCCUGUCAGAAUGGGGGCUCCUGCAAUCCGAUAGGCAAUGAUUUUAUCUGCCGCUGCACGGAAGGGUUUGUUGGUCUGAUGUGUGAAGAAGACAUUGAUGAAUGUGAUAUAGAGGAAUGUCAAAAUGGAGGAACAUGCUUAAAUACAUUGGGCUCAUUUCAGUGCAAUUGUACUUCAGGAUUCAUGGGCUUCUACUGUGAUCUUAGGCCUAUGGUCGUGCCCAAUAUACAACCUGGACAUCCCUAUAUUGGAAAGGAGGAACUCAUUGGAAUAACCAUUGUGUUAUUAGUUCUCAUGUUACUGGUAGUACUUUUUGCAAUUUUCCGAAAGAAAGUCUUCAGGAAGCAUACACGAAACAAUGUUACCCUUGUACAGGACCCUGCAACGGCAGCACUACUUAAUAAGCCUAAUGGUAUGCAGUUCAAAGUUAUUAGGAAUAAUGGUGAUAGCCGUAAGAUCUAUCAGGAAACUGGUGGUCCUCCUCAAGUGCCAGUCAGACCUAUGGCUUAUACUCCAUAUUUCCAUAGUAACUCAAGGAACAAUUUAGACAAAAUGGAUGGAAUGGGGAUAGAACACCAGGAAAUGAGCACUUUCCACCCUGAUUCUCCUCGACUACUGACUACACGUAGAGGUGUUGUUGUGUGCAGUGUCGCCCCAAAUCUUCCAUCGGUUACUCGAUCUGUCUCUGACUGUGAUUCGUUGAGAAAGAACACGUGGGAUACAGAGAGAGAUGGAAAGACAGACAUUGUUGAGGAUGCUGCAGGCUUCACAGCGAGUACAAAAGGCAGCAGUUCUGAAGUCCAGUCCCUCAAUUCCUUCCAGUCUGAUUCAUGCGACGAUAAUGCUUCUGUAGUGACUGUUAUACGCCUGGUUAAUGAUGAUGCAGUUGACGCAAUUGAGAAUGAAGCAUAUCAUUGGGAUACUUCGGAUUGGAUGCCAAGCACUCGACUACCUAAUAUUCAAGAAGUACCACAUUAUGAAGUAGCCGAUGCUGCACCUGUGCAUCAUGAGAAUGUGACAGCGCUCGAUACAGACUACUACCUCGGUGGAUAUGACAUAGACAAUGAUUACCCACCUCCUCAAGAUGAGGAAUUCCUGAGUCAGGACCAACUUCCUCCUCCCCUCCCAGAGGAUUACCAGGAUCAAUAUGAGAUCCUGCAACCACACAAUACCACAUCAGCAACAAAUACCUUGACCUCCAAUGGCCGGAGAAGACCACACUUCCAUCCCAGCCAGUAUCUUCCACCUCACCAGUUGCCAGCAGAUGGCGAGACUGGUGGUGCCCAAGGUGGGAGAGACUAUUGUGCAUUUCGUGCAGGUUCAAACAAAGACUUGGAGAAAGUCAUCAUUGACAAUAUGACCAUUCCAAUGCACACAACAACAAAUGCAUCAUCAUCAGAUAUGUCAACGAGUUGUGGCUUCGAUGAUUCUGAAAUAGUGAUGAGUGACUAUGAAAGUGGCGAUGAAGUCAAUUUUAAUAAUCAUAUCUCUUUUGUAGAAUCUCAGUACCAGACACAGGUAUGAUGACGCCUUCAAAAUCUACAAGGAAUUGAAACCAGUCAAGAGACACCGAUAAUAAAGUGGUGUAGUGCCAGGAAAGUAAAGACCAUUUCAUGGAAUAUUUACUGUACAACCGGAAGAAAUGAUGGACACAAAGAGCAGAAUGGGUUAUUUCUGCCCAGUUGGGUACUAAGUUUCAUUGUUGUAUGUCCAGAGCAUACUCUUUCUAAAAUGGCUCAAAAUAAUUGUUUUUUAUUUAAUAAAUCUGCCAAUGGUUUGGUUUUGAGCCAAUUUCACAUUGGAGCUAAAAGUGCAGAAAGAUAUUGCCAUUAACAAUGGAAUUCUAGGUAUCAUCCAUAUGGAAAUAAAUUUGAUAAUGUAGGAAAAAUGACCAUCUGGUAGAAUAAAAUUUUAAUCACUUAAUUACAGAUCAUAUUGAUAAUUCCAAAAUGUAAGCAAUUAAGUAAAUAGUAAUGGCACUUUCUUAAAAUUAUGACGAAGUAAACCAUUGAGUAGUCAACUGUAGUAACUGUGUGGGCAGAACUUCUAAAGAACUGCAGUACUUGUUUACCAGUCCACCUUGCACUCUUUCAGUUCAUGGAAUGUAUGUUUGCAGUCCUAAAUUAAGCGACUGAUAGUGAUAAGUUAAGGUAAUGUAGAAAAACAAAGCAUUUGCCAAUAUAAAAAGUAAUAUCCUACCUAAAAUACCUAGCCAAAAUCCAACUUGCCUCUACCCUAUGUUCCAAAAUGUUCUAAUUGCCACAACAUUUUGUACCGUGUUUUUUUCUAUAUCAAAGCACAUAGAAUUUAGCUUGAAUUAACUGGCAAAGAAAGUGCAGUCACAGUUAAAUUUUAAAACAGUCAUGAACACUGGAGCAGGAGUUUUUAUAACUAUAAAUGAGUAAGUAAAAUUGCACUGCAAACUGAUGUAAUUUGGAAUAAAUGUGUUUUUUUAAUGAUCUGGUCUAAGGACCUAUUUGAAAAGCUCAUGUCUUAUGACCAUGAGGUAGGUACAGCUUGAGGUGCAUUGGUUUAUUGAGAGGAACACAGAGGAACAUCUCUAAAAUUAAAUGAAAGUCGUUUUCAGACUUUAGUUCUUGUCAAGUCUAGCUGUUAUUGGACAACAUCUUCACAGCUAUAGCUGUAUAAUCUUUAGAGUACUCCUGAUAAAUCUACAAUAUACAAAUUAACACUUUCAAAGGCAUAGAUGUGGUAAGUUUUAAUGAAUGUAUUGCAAUGGAAAAUUAUUUUAAUCAACCUACAUUCAGCAAAGCUGCUUUUUGCAAUAUAAUAAUGGAAAUUAAAUCUUUUUAUGGCCUGUUGAGUCAGAAAAUUAUUCAUCAUUAAGUACUGCCAAUACUAAAACAGUGUUACCAGUCUGAUUAAGUUCUUCUAAAUGCAGAGUAAAGACUCAGCCUAUAGGUUUACUCCUGGAUAUUUGCACAUGCAGUACUUAGAUUGAAAUGUCAAGUAAAUCAUAUAAUUUGAAGGUCAGCCAUCUCCUAUGGUGUUGGAGAUCAUGGCUGAAGUAAGUUUGGUUUAACUCACUAUUUCCUCAGUUACGUGUACCAACAAACCUGCUUUGUUACCAUUCAUAGCUGGAACAAAAUAUGAAGAAAAUAUAUUUUUUCAUGCACCUUUAGAGUCCGUUCCAUGUAUUCACAAAGCUACAAUGCCACUGAAAUGUGGGUCUAUUUGGACUCUAAUUUGUUUAUUUGUAUGUAAAUUAUCUUACAGCAGCUGUGGAUCGUUGGCACUGCAUUUUAGAAAGUCAUGAAAUUUGAUAUGCCUCAAAAUUUCUAAGCUUUUUGUAGUAUUGUAUUAAACUGUUGUCAUGUUGUGUAUUAUUUUCUACUUGCUGUUAACAAGCUUUGUAAAGAUGCAAGUUUAUGUGCUUAAAACGUUUGUAUAAAGUGUAUAUAGGUAUAGAUUGGGAUGUCCAAAUUUUGCAAGCUUUUGUAGAUAUUUAAUGUGUUCUGAGAUGCCUUGAUUUUUUUGCUGAUAAAAGUGAAAUAUCACUCCAAAGCAGAGACUGAUUAGUAUUGAUGAACUGUUUUUAAAGAGAAAGGAUUGUAAAUUGAUCAACAAAAUCCACACUGCUCAUUUUAAUAACAUAAAUCCUACUUUUAUCAUUGCCGGAGCUUUUCAGUACGGUGAAAUCAGAACAGGCAGCUGUGUAACUCUUCGGAAGGAAUUCAGCUAAUCUUUUCAUGUAUUUUGUGGUCACAAGAGGCAAAAUGCUAAGGAUUGUGUCUUGAAUUGUUAUUUUGAAUGUGCUAAGACUUUGACAAAACAUGGCGAAUUAGUGCAAAAGGAUAAGAUUGUUUUGUAAGUGUCACUAAAGGAAUUCAGAUGCCAUCAGAACUUGGAUCUAUUUCAAUGAUCUGCUGUGUAAUAGGUGUUGUUGGCAGUAUUAAAGACUGUAGUAUUUUAUGAUUCAUUUGUGUAUUGUACAGAUUGAUUUUUAACUGCCACUACAUUUCUUAUGUUUAUGUAACAAUAAAAUAUGUUUUUAAUUAGUUAUUGAGUUUUCCACAAAAGUGACUCACUUGUCUGCAGCCCUUAAUGUGUUUGAGCAAAACAUCUUCCUUCAGCACCUCUCCAAUUCGUUGGGCCUUUCACACCUGGAUUCAUCCACACCUGUUCAGUCAUAACCAUGCAAUUACAGGCAAUCACUUUUCUUCCAACUGUUUCACCA